CUUCUUCCCUCCUGCCGGAUCGCAUCGUUUCUCUCUUUCUUUCUUUCUUCUUCCUGCACUCGAUUCCUCUGUUCUCAUCUCCCCAUUAGAGUUUCUCUGAAUCCCUUCCGCCCAUCCGAUUCGGCAAAGCAAUGGGUAAUCUGUGGACUGUCCUCACGCACGCUCACUCCCUCGCCGGGCCGGUGCUGAUGCUGCUCUAUCCUCUGUACGCGUCUGUGAUGGCCAUAGAGAGCCCGUCCAAGGUAGACGAUGAGCAGUGGCUGGCUUACUGGAUUCUGUAUUCGUUCCUCACCCUCGUCGAGAUGCUCCUCCAGCCUCUUUUUGAGUGGGUAACCAUAUGGUACGAUGUGAAGCUCAUCUUGGCAGCGUGGCUGGUCCUCCCUCAGUUCAAAGGCGCGGCUUUCCUGUACGAGAAACUCGUGCGAGAGCGCAUCCUGAAGAGGCACCCCAAGUCCUCCUCCCCUACCUCGUCCCCGAAUGGCAAACCCAAGUCCAAGAACAAGUUCGUCGACUUCAUCACCCACAAGAAAGUGAACACGGGGCGUAUUGAUCGGAGGAGGUGUCUCGGAUUCCCGGCAAUUCUGUCUUUUACACGCGAGAGCAUGCUGUGUUUUUUAUGUUAUACAUCCUGUACGGCUCCUGAUCGAAAAGGCUUUAAUGGUACCACAGCUUCUUCCUUGAUUCCCCACAUCUUCUUUCUUUCUUUCUGCUUGUAUAUACUUGAAAUCACCGAGAAAAAGCUGCAGUUUUUGCUGCCACGCAAGAAUUCUCAAAACAGCACAAACAAUUCGCAUGAACAGGGCAGUAAGGUCAUGAUUCGCUGCGCUACGAAUUCAACCAUACAUGAUUGCUAAACGGAACUAGUUAGGUUGGUCGGUUCACCUUAGCUAUAGCUCUCGACAUCGACGGCAGAGCGGAAACGACAACAGCAGUGGAAUUCAGGCAAGCUACAAAGCUGGGCAAACGCAAGAUACGCAGACAGAUGGUCCCCAUAAUGCUAGUCGAUUCUUGACAUUGACAAUACCUCACUACCUACGAAGCUUCCUCCAAUUAGUCAAAAGUAACGUGGAAGGGGGUGAGCCACAAAGCUUAACUCUGAUGUUGACUAUAUUUCUGUGGUCCCCGAAUUGAAUGGGAACACCCAAGAUAUUAUUCCCUCACCUGAUUUUAGUCUUAUUGCCCAAGGGACCCUCGUGACAUUUACAUCUUGUUUCACUACAAAUAGAGGUCUGUCCCGAUUAGUGAAAUAUCUUUCACCAAA